GGUAGCUCUCGGGUUACCACUAUAGCCUGAAGCAAAGAACUGCUCGUUCUGAGUGACUCCCUUUGUGAAGAGAGAAAAUGAGAGAAAGAAACUGAUACGCAUCUGCCACUGAGGAAUCUGUCAAAAUUUGAGAUUUGGAAAGGUAUGACAAUGGCACUUGUCCAGGUAGGAGGAGAUAUUAAACAACUACACAUCUUUACCAUGGCAACAGCAGCUGAGGACAGCAUAAAUGGAACAUGGGUGAUCUUAGGAUACUGACAUUCUCUGUACCAACCCCAAGAAGCAAUUUUGUGCUCUCCUGUCUCUCUCCAGCCAUGAGCUACAACUAUGUUCAGAGCAGUUCUUCCAGAAGUGGAAGUGGGCUCUCUGCUCGCCUUUCUGGUGGAGUUUUUGGUUCAUCGAGUACCCAUGGAGGUUUUGGGGGAUCGGGGAUUUCUCAAAGCAGUGCAAGAUUAGUAUCUUCUGGCAUGGGUGGUCAUUUUUCCUCCAACUUUGGUGGUUCAUCUUUUGGUGGCGCUGGAGGUUCUGGUUUUAGUGUCGGCGGUGGAGAUGGCUUGCUCUCUGGAAACGAGAAGUUUGCCAUGCAGAACCUCAACGGACGUCUGUCUAAUUACUUGGACAAGGUGCGCUCACUGGAAGAAGCCAACACUGACCUUGAGAAAAAGAUCCAUGAGUGGUAUGAGAAGCAAGGGUCAGUCACCGUACGUGAGCAGGACUACGCACAUUAUUACACCACAAUUGAUGAGCUGCGUGAGAAGGUAUGCCACACAUUAAAUACAGAGCUUCUAGCAUAUAGUGCAACAAUUUAUUAAGCAUACAUUGCUCAUGCAUAUGAAACGAUAUAUGCACAAAUAACCUUAACACUAUGUCUUACUUCCAUUAAUGGGUGAUAUCAUUGUAAUUUUGUAUGUUGGACACUAGAAAAUGUUGUGUCUGAGAAGACAUUAGCUUGCUGGUCUUUAUUUGCAUGAUGUGUUGGAAAUUGGGUUACAAAACUGUUAGACACAAUGUCAAAAUGCUGUAUAGCCAAUCAAAAAUGGACUUUCUAAAAUUCUUGUUUGCCAUUGGUCGAACACAGUGUUCGAGUGAUGUAGCUAUAAACUCAUUCAUCUGUAAAUUUGUCUAUUGCAAAUUUACUAUUAGUGCUAUCCCAAGUGUGUGUGUAUAUAUAUAUAUAUAUAUAUAUAUAUUUAAGGACAUAUUUGAAAAUCAGCGAAAUCUCAAUGUAUCCGUCCUGGAAAAAUAUUUUAUAAAUAAAUAAUUGAAUAAAUAAAUAAUAUAUAUUAUCUCAGAGUAUAGGGAUGAGAUUCUCGUAGCUGUUGAUAAAGUCCAAUACUCGCUCAGCCUUUCAUUACUUCGCCCUCCUUCCUUUUCUGUUGUAAAGACUCUAUUCAUUUUUUUACUGUAUUCCAUUUAUGGUGAAUUACAUUUUAAUAGCCCAGUGCUCUCAUUCCAUCUUUGUCAGCCUAUGCCAUAGGUCACUUCUACAAUAUUUGUUCGGCAGUUUCUGGGCUUUAAAUCCCGGGAGGUGGUUUGAUAUAAAAUUUCGGGCCAGGUGCCAAAGACUAUUUGGGGCUUGUUCACUAAACUUUGAAUUGUACCAAAUUUAAAUUCAAAUUGCAAAAUUAAGGCAAAAACUAGACUAUAGUCACAACUCGGCUAUGUUAGUCAAGAUUUAGCAAUUCAGAUUUCAAUUAACUACAGUUUGAGGUUUAGUGAAUAAAUAAACAAUUUUGUUUUAUAACUCAGUAACUUUAAGUCAUGUUUCUUGGUUGAUUCAGUUGUUAUCUUUUCCAUUUAAAAUUUAACGGUAUCAGAUUGACUAUUAAUAUUUUUUUGUUUUACAGAUCUUGAACGCUACCAUUGACAACAAUCAAAUUCUCUUACAAAUCGAUAAUUCGCGGUUGGCCGCUGAUGAUUUUAAACUCAAGUAAGUGCCCAUUCAUGCACAGCUAGUGUAUUAACUUAUAUUGUUAAAUAAACAAAUACAAUUAAACACCGUGCUCAAAUUCCCACUAAUCCUGGGUCGACAGCUACAAACUAUAGUACUUAUCAGCCGAAAUACGAAGAAUAAAACACAAACAAAGUUAUCCGUGCACUAUCCUAAAUACUUAUCCAUAUUUAACCCCUUAAGGACCAAACUUCUGGAAUAAAAGGGAAUCAUGACAUGUCAGACAUGUCAUGUGUUCUUAAGGGGUUAAAUAACUGGAGAUUUUUUUUAGUAUAACUCCAAUGGCCGUUAAAGUGUAAGCCUUAGAUCUAAGAGGUUUGCCAUGACUUGGCAGGUGAGCUUACACUUUAAUGGCUAUUGCAGUGAUAACUAAAAACCUCCAGUUAUUUAAAUGUGUGUGUAUAUAAAUAUCAAAUCAUGAGUCAUUUUUUUGCCUAAAUGUUGCAAUUUAGUUUUCCAUGCACUGCAGAAUAUGUUGACGCUAUAUAAAAGCCAAAUAAUAAUUAUUAUUUAGUCCAAAAAAAUCCCUUAUUUUAUUCUUCAAAAAAGAUCAUGUUUUAUUGACAUUCAAUAUUUAACAAAGAUACACCAAUUAACAGCUUGGUUAAUAUAUCAAUAAUUUGUCUUCUGUUAGUGGAAUUUUAAUUUUGCAGCUAAUCAUUGCUGUAAAAUUUUUACACAAGCCCUACGGCAGGGGUCAUCACGAAGGCCAAACGCCACGUAUAUCAAUGGAUGGAGGGCGGCACUUUCAUCUGUAUAGCCAAAAAAUUUAAUUGUUAAAAGUAGAUGACUGCCUAAUGUGGUAUCCUUGUAUGGCAUUGCCAUAUGUAAGGAUAUCAGAUUAGGCAAUUAUCUAAUAAAUAGCUGAAAGAACAAAAUUUAAAAAGCUCUUUUCUUAAUUUUGAUCUUUCAGAAAUUUAGUAGAUAGCUCCUUAAUCUGGUAUCCUUACCUGGUAAUAUCAUGAAUGAGCAUACCAUAAUAAGGGGUGAUGUCAUAGCUCGGCUACUGGCACCACUGCAGGACAUGUGAGGGAGCUGUGCAGGAAAAGAACAGCGAUCAUAGUGAUCACAGCUCCCUCUCUGUCUCAUGUCCUACAACAGACGGUACAUUGGAGCAGGCUGCAGCUAUGUAUUCUGCCAUAGUUCUUAAGCCCCCAUUAGGCUUAUGCCAGACCUACAUGGACAUUUGCUGGGAUGGGCCUUACCAGUAGGGUUACCAAAUCCUGUAUUUUCAUGGACAAAUAUCACAUAUAGGUAUUGAUGAGCAGCAUAUGAAAAGGGUUGCCCUGUAGUAAAAAAGAAGACACAAGGCAGUGUUUACACUGCUGCCUAGGGGCACCCCCAGUGGCAGUUACUCAGAUAGUUACUAGAGGGACUUUUCAGCGUUUCCACGUUCUGCAUGGAGAAGCUGAACUUUCCUCAUAAAGAUGCACUGAUUAAAAAAAAGGGAGAUGCUGAUUGGCAAGGGCGGUGUUUGGCUCCGCCACCUGCCCCUCCUCCUUGGCUGAGAUCAUCAGAGUUGACGAUCUCAGCCAAUCCAAUGCUUUCCUACGGACACGUGCAACGUUGGAGUAAAAUUGAGUGAACUACUUAUUUAAGGCUGGGAAAGAGUUGCUGGGGUUCUAAAUAGUGUUUUUAACACUUUAGGGUCAGGAAUACACGUUUGUAGUCCUGACCAAAUAGUAAUUAGGCAAUCCUGCAAAUUAUAUGUGGAUAUGGUAACCCUACUUAUAAGUCCUUUGGGAUGUAGGUUACUGACCCCUAUCCUACAAUGUAAAUUUUCUAUGUUACUUUCUACUAUGUUAUUUAGAUUAAUGGAUAGGUAAUGCAACAAUCAUGGUUAUUUACUAACGUGAGAAUUGUCAGGAAUUCAAAGUGUAUUUUAAAGGCCAAGGUAGCUGAAUUGGAAGCAUCGCUGACUUGGAGAAUUUUCCAGGUCUGGCUAGUUUGACCUUAAAUUUUAAAUUCACUUUGAAUUUAUAACAUUACUCACUUUAGUGAAAAACAAGUAGGUUUCUGUACAUAACAAGUGUGUUUGUUAAGUGAUUUAUCUCAAUCGUCUCUGUGUUGCUUUGUAAUCUGUGUUUGCACAAAUUACUCUUCUAUCAUUGUGGUUUUCAAAACAUCUUUACUACCCCACCUCCCAAGAAGUCGUCAAGUCUGGCUCAGUUUCAGAGUUUAGAAUAAUUAUAGGCAAGAAUGUUUGUAUUCUCAGAAACCACCGUGAGGCCAUCAUGUCUGUUCUAAGCUUUUAUCCAAAUAAUAUACUCCAACAAAACACAAACAUUUAUUAUACAGGUAUGAAAAUGAGCUCUCUCUGCGUAUGAGUGUUGAAGGGGACAUCAAUGGCUUGCGCAAAGUCUUGGAUGAAUUAACCCUCUCCAGAGCAGACUUGGAAAUGCAAAUUGAGAACCUCAAGGAGGAACUUGCAUACCUGAAGAAGAAUCAUGCAGAGGUUUGUUGUUCUAGAUUUGGGUUGAAACAGGCUGGCCGAGAGUUAUGGGAAUUGUAGUUUAAACGCAGCUCUAGGGCCAGGGUUACUGUAGUAUAUGUGUAAAUACAAUACCUUCAUAUAUAGAUAUUUGUCAAUUUACCAUAAUUAAACAUCUAUUGAGAUGAAAUAGCUGACGGAAUGCAUCAACAUAGUUUUAAAGAAUGAAUUUGUAUCUAAAUUAUGCAUUUGCGUUAUCAUAUAUAGAAAUAUAUUGCAACAAAGUGAACAAGGAUAGGGUGGCAAGUGUGAUACAAGAAUUAAGAAAACAUCUAGAACUGCACUAUAAUGGAUAUUAUACAUUGUGCAUGCCCCUGGUGGCCAUUGAUGGUAUUACAUCACAUUUAGGGAAAAUAAUUAAGUUUGCAGCUACAAUGUACAGGUUACACCCAAGGUGCAAAAAUCUAUCAGCAGAAAUAAAAUAAAAUCCAGAGGUAUAAUAGACAGAGCAGAAAGAAAAAUAAAUAAAUUGGGUGGUGUCGAUAGGAUCGGUCAUCGUCAGAGGCUUGGCAAGUACGUCUCGGGUUCCCAGUUCCCCUGUCCUCUAGGUCUCUGCAGCCAAGCACGACAUACAGUCCAACCAGAGCAUCCAGGUAAGUACACAUUUAUCAGAGGUUCCUUUGAGGACAGCUGUCAGCGAUUUCAUGCUAUAGAUUUUCUCAACCCUAAAAACCCCCAAAAUAAAUAAAAAUUAAACACAUAUCAGAUUCAUAGGUCCUCACCAUUAUUGAGAGCCAGAGCAAAGCAGUUCUGGUGAAGAUUAUGGUGAUGGGGCACCAGACUCCUCUCCCAGAAUAUUACUUCUUCCUAUAGGAAAGAGAUACAGAUAGCUGAGCAUAAUCCAUCCAUACAAUGCUCAUACAACAAAACAAGUUGGGCACAACAUAAAUAUAUCAAUAAAACACAUAGAGGUGGGUACAAUACAGAGAUAAACAUACCACAAACAGAGCUGAGAAAAAAAUAGAGAUAUAAUGCACAGAGCCAUGUACAAUACAGAGAUACCCAUACAAUACACAGAACUUGCCACAAUACAAUGAUGCCCAAUAAAUACACAGAACUGGGUACUACAGAGAUACCCAUACAACAGGUAGAGUCAAAUAAAAUAAAGAGAUAUAACAUAGAGCUGAGAACUGUAAGGAGAUACUAAGAACUAUAUGGUAGACAGCCACCAGAGGUAGUCUAGACCCUGCAAUAUAAACAUUGCAGUUUCUCUUAAACAUGCUUUACAUUGCAGAGCUAAGGGGUACAGUAGCACUGCACCCAGAUCACUUCAAUGGGAUUAAGUGGUCUGAGUACCGAUAUUGUCCCUUCAAUGCAUUAUAUAUGUAAUGCAUUUUAAAAUGUGGGUUCACUAUUGCCUGUACCAUCCCUUUAUUUUAUCUAAAACAGUACAGUAUUCCAAAAUAUUUUAGUAAUAGUCAAAUAAUGGUUAAAAUAUAUAAAUCAAAGAUGUUAAAGGACUACAACACAAUAAUAUAGGGAAGACUGUGAAGAAAUGAGGGGUUGAAAGAUUUUAAAAUAAAAAAAUUGAGACAGGAGAAGAUUUGUUACCAUUGCAUUCAACCUUUCAGUUUUUUUAUUACAUAUAUAUUUUUCCAAUUUAUCCAAUUCCACAGGAAAUGAGUGAAAAAGGCCAGAUGAUGAGUGGUACAGUAAACGUUGAAAUGGAUGCAGCUCCUGGAACAGAUUUGACCAAGAUAUUGUCUGAAAUGAGAGAUCAGUAUGAACACAUUGCGGAAAAGAAUAGGCGGGACGCGGAAGCUUGGUAUAUUGCUCAGGUAUGGUAUCGUAUAACCGUCUGUUCAUCUGGUACGUUAGGUGUGUUAACUGGUUCAUGCUGGUCUUAUCAAUGAAAACUACAUUUUAUUUCUAUUUUCCAGAGUGAAUCAUUGCAGAAAGAAGUUGUUACCCACGUUGAGCAAGUUCACACCACUAAGACCGAGAUAACUGAGCUAAGACGUACCUUGCAGGGACUCGAGAUUGAAUUGCAAUCCCAAUACAGCACGGUGAGCCUACAGUUGUGACAGCCCCACAUGGCCUUUUACAAUAUGUUCCUCAACACUUAUUACAGGCUACAAAAGUUUCACAACUGAAUGUCUGUUCAUCUGUGUAUCCGUGUAGGAACCGAAGAAAGGUUUGACUGGACAGGCUCUAAUUAGAAUUGGCUAUAAACUUAUUUAAACUAUGUCAGCUGAGUUAAAGGACCACUAUAGCCAGGUCCAUCAAGGGUUAACCCUGCAGCUGUAAACAUAGCAGUUUCAGAGAAAUUGCUCUGUUUACAUAUGGGUUAAUCCAGCCUCUAGUGUCUGUCUCAUUGAAGGCCGUUAGUGGCGCUUCCGCGCUUCUCACUGUGAUUUUCACAGUGAGAAGACACUAGCGUCCAUAGGAAAGCAUUGAGAAUGCUUUCCUAUGGACUGACUGAAUACGCGCACGGCUCUUCCCGCGCGUGCGCAUUCGCGGAAGAGGUAGGAGAGUCCCUAGCGCCAAGGGAGUCCGGCGCUGGAGAAAGGCAAGAUAUUAACACCUUCCUCCCCCUUCAAUCCAGUGGGAGGGGGGCCAUGAGGGUGGGGGGGACCUAUUAAUACUAUAGUGCCAGGAAAACGAGUUUGUUUUCCUGUCACUAUAGUGGUCCUUUAAUAUUUUAAUAUUUCUUACAUAACAUAGUCAGUUAUUCAAUAAAGGUCUUUACACUAACAUUUUUGCAUCUACCCGGUAAAAUGUAAUUGUUUUAAAUGUAUAUGGAGAAGAUAUCCAACGCUUGUAAAAUAUGCUUUGUUUUUCUCAUCUCUUUUAAACAAUAAUCCAUAGAAUCAAAAAGGUACUCCAUCAUGACUGGUGGAAUUUUUCCCCUUACAACUUCAGUUGUCCCUCCCAUUGCUCCACUUCUACAUCCAUAUUUCUGUCUAUAAGCUAACCGUAAAUCUACCACCUUCUCCUUCUUAUAGACACUGUAGUGAACUUAAUGUUUAAAGGAACACUAUUGUCCCCUAAAUUACUUUAGCUAAAUAAAGCAGUUUUAGUGUAUGGAUCAUUCCCCUGCAAUUUCACUGCUCAAUUCACUGUCAUUUAGGAGUUAAAUCACUUUGUUUCUGUUUAUGCAGCCUUAUCCACACAUGCAAAAUAAACUGGUUUCACUUUCAAACAGAUGUAAUUUACCUUAAAUAAUUGUAUCUCAUUCUCUAAAUUGAACUUUAAUCACAUACAGGAGGCUCUUGCAGGGUCUAGCAAGCUAUUAACAUAGCAGGGGAUAAGAAAAUCUUAAUUAAACAGAACUUGCAAUAAAGAAAGCCUAAAUAGGGCUCUCUUUACAGGAAGUGUUUAUGGAAGGCUGUGCAAGUCACAUGCAGGGAGGUGUGACUAGGGUUCAUAAACAAAGGGAUUUAACUCCUAAAUGGCAGAGGAUUGAGCAGUGAGGCUGCAGGGGCAUGUUCUAUACACCAAAACUGCUUCAUUAAGCUAAAGUUGUUCAUGUGACUAUAGUGUCCCUAUAAGGAUGUUAAAGGGUCACCAGAAUAACUACAGCUUAUUGUAUUUGUCCUGGUGAGUAUAAUUAUCCCCUUCAGGCUUUUUACAGUAAACACUGUCUUUUCAGAGAAAAAGCAGUAUUUACGUUAUAGCCUAGGGAUACCUUCACUGGCUAUAAUGUAUGUCUACUAGAUGGAGACAGUGAACUUUUCUCAUAGAGAUGCAUUGAUUUAAUGCAUUUCUAUGAGGAGAUGCUGAUUGGUCAGGUCUGUGUUUGGCUUGUGCUGGCUCUGCCCCUGAUCUGCCUCCUUGACACUCUCAGCCAAUGCAAUGCUUUCCUAGGAGAAAGCAUUGGAUUGGCUGAGAACACCACUUCUGAUGAUGUCAGCCAAGCAGGCAGAUCAGGGUAGAGCCUAUUGUAGCAGACUGGAAUAAAGGUAAGAUUUUACUAUAUUUUGGGGAAAUUAGGGGGGUUUGAUGGUGAUUUUAACACUAGAGGGUCAGGAAUACAUGUUUGUUUUCCUGACCCUAUAGUGUUACCUUAAGUAAAGCCUAUACAAUAGCUUAGCUGACUGACAAGCAAAUGUGGUUUAGCCACGUUUGCAAAAGUUCUCGUAGUUAUGGUACAACUAGAAGUAUAUAUCCUCAACAAUGUGCUAUAAAAACGUAGACAAAGGUUGUGUGAAUCAUGAACAAGAACAGGGCAAGCAACAUGAAAGGGUAAUUUGAAUAUUUUAAUCAACAAAUAAAUUUUAAAAAAAACAAAUUUUAUCUUGUGUUUUUUAUUGCAUCAGAAAUCAGGUUUUGAAGCCAGUCUCGCAGAAACAGAGUCCCGUUACUCUGCCCAGCUUGGUCACAUUCAGUCUGUCAUUGGUGGCAUCGAGCAUCAGCUGGGAGAUCUUCGGUCAGAAAUGGAACGCUCCAAUCUGGAGUACAAGAAUCUCUUAGAUAUCAAGGCCCACCUUGAAGCGGAGAUUGCAACAUACCGCAAGCUGAUGGAUGAGCAUAGUGGCAGGUAACGUCUUGAAGUUAGAAGAAAUUAGGUAUUUAGAUAACAAUGCAAUUGUACAAAGUACAUGUAUUUGAAUCCCCUUGUUCUUGUACAAAUUUCCACUAACAUAAUGUUAUGAUGCAACGAGAGCCUCAAUAGCUGUCUAUCUGCUUAUAAACACAUGUAUGUGUUGGCAAGUAGUCACAUCUAUAGUUUCCUUUCACAAACCAUAAAUGGAACUAUUAGUAAGCCAAUAUCAGCCACAGUGCAUUUUAUAUGAGUUCAGAUAGUUUGAAUGGAACUGCUUUUAAGUGCUGAUGAACUGUACGUAUCCUAUGAAACUCAGCUGAGCAGGGGUUUAUAGUAUAUCGAUAGCACACCCACCGAAAAUACUUCCAAAAACAUGACUGGAUAUUUAGUGUUAGUUACCAUCUAGUGUCUGCAGUUCUCACAGCACAAAGCUGCAAAUGAUGGGAAUAUGCUACAAUCAUAGGAACUUCAAAGUUAAAAAUCUUUAUUGGUUUUAACUUAUUUCAGUCUGAAAAUCCUUGAAAUCUUUGUGAUUUUGUCAUAACACAAAAAAUAUUUAGUAAUAAAGAAAUAAUGUAGGCCUUAAAUAAUAAUAAUUAGUAAUAUUUUGCAUCUAGGACUAGUAGCAAUUGGUUAAACAACUAAAAAAAAGUGAGACCUGUUUCAGCAUGUUGCAUGAACUCACACUAAAACAAUAAUCAAACACUGCACUCUGGAAGCAUGCUUUUCAAUGAGAGAACAUUUAUUUACUAUUUUUUUUACGAGAAUGCAAAUUAUAUGCAUUUUUAUCAUUUCGGUUGUAACUUGUUAGAGCAUGUCUCUCAUGGGGCUAAGCAGAACGUGAGUUUAAGCUACAGGUAAAAAGAAAGGAACAUUUUUCUAAACACGUGUCAUGAUUCCCUUUUAUUCCAGAAGUUUCGUCCUUACGGGGUUAAAAAUCGAAAAAUGUUUACAGAGAAACGUCCAUUCAAAUAAAAUAUGGCUUUUAAAAACAAAUAAUUUAAAAGCAAUAUGAGAUAUCAUAUAGCCUAGUAAAAGGCAACAUAUUACACACAUAUGUGAAAUAUAAUCUUACAAUUUACAAUUAUAUACAUUGUUUUAUUUUUCAUUUAUCUAAUGGAGAAACAGUGCCCCCCUCAGUGGGCUGGACUGAUUAAUUGGCCGGUAGCCUGGUGUGCAUGCUGAUUUACCAGUAAUUCAGGUAGACCCUCCUUCAUUCUGGCUGGGUCUACCCCUGUGGGAGGUGCCUGUGACAUGACAGGUGUCACUGGCCCACCCCUUCUCCCCUUUCCCCACUUCCCCGAUUUACGGGAUGCCUACAAUGAUGCCUUACAUAAUGAGGUGAAACAGUGUUUAAAUAUUCUUAUUGUCCUUUAAUAGGGUUUAGAGAUUGUAAUGCCAGCUUUUAUCUGGUUUACAUGAAGUGAAAUAUAAUUUGUGUUUUUUUUCCCCCUGUAAUUUAAUUAUGUGUUUGUUUAUUGCAGCACUGAAAGAUCUGGCAAAGAGACCUCAGGUAAAAAUAUUAUUAGCUAAUAUUAGUUAAUACGUAAAGUGUUCAAAUAUGCACCCGUAACCUUUAUAACAACGUAACACUAAUGAGAUUUAUUCUCUGAUGAGAUUGAUGCACUAAGCCAGGAAUCGCUUAGAAUGCUGAGAACUUAAUUUCUCAUCUCGGUUUACAAUUCCCUUCUCAAGUCUCCAAUUUUCAUUGAAUCUUAAAAAACUGACUGCUGUGAUAGCUACAGCCUUUGAGAGUCAUUUAUUGGCAAACUAUAUUAAAUAUAUAUAUAUAUAUAUAUAUAUAUAUAUAUAUAUAUAUAUAAAACAUAUCAUCCAAUGGCUAUUCAAUGAACUGAGAUUCAAAGUGAAUUUCAAAUUUAAGGACAAAAUAGUCAGACUGGAAAAAUUCAGCUAUGCUUCUAUUUGGACUACGUUGACCUUAAAUUUGAUAUCUAUCCACUUUGAAUUCUAACUUCAGUGAAUAACCCAGUAAAACUGCAUUUACAAUGAAUCUGGUUUAAAAAAAUAAAGGUAGUUUAAACCCUUAAAUCUGAUUUACACGUUUCUAUCUUUUUAAAGGUGGCAAAGGAGGACACUCCAGUAGUUUCUGACCCUCAAAAUAGACCUGGAAUGUAGUGUUAGACAUAUCCUGCCUUACUUAUCAGACAAGCACAGUUCAAGGCUGAUUGUAUAUAUGAAAUUCAAACAUAAACCAACUGAAAAAUAAAAUAGGGGAAAAAAAUUUAAAAACACGCCCCUUCACCUCAAAAUAUUUAACAAUCCCUCUCGUAUCCUGAAAAUCUGCUUAGGCUGAUUAAAAGUUCAGAUUCAUUAUACAACACGCUCCUUUAACAUACAUAUCACCUAAUUCAUGGGUGCCCAAAAGGUGUUUUAAAACUACAGCUUCCAUGAUGCUUUGUCAUUCUAAAGGAAUGCAAAGCAUCAUGGGAGUUGUAGUUCUACAACUCUGGGCAUCUACCUUCUGACCUAAUUCAACAUGAAAAUUUGCCUCCUUUUUCAUACUGACAUUUUGAUUUUUUCAUGGAAUUCUAACUACUUUUUACACAAUUUCACAGUUCUUGUAAGCCUUGCUCUAUAAGGGGAAUUAAAUCACACUAAAGGAACACUAUAGUCACCUAAUCAAUUUUAACUUAAUGAAGCAGUUUUGGUGUGUAGGUCAUGCAUCUCAGGUUUCACUGCUCAAUUCACUGCCAUUUAGGAGUUAAAUCACUUUGUUUCUGUUUAUAAAGCGCUUGCCACACCUUCCCUGGCUAUGAUUGACAGAGCCUGCAUGAAAAAAAAAAACUGGUUUCACUUUCAAUGUAAUUUACCUUAAACAAUUUUAUCUCUUGCUCUGUAAAUUGAACUUUAAUCACAUACAUGAUGCUCCGGCAGGGUCUAGCAAGCUAUUAACAUAGCAGGGGAUAAUAAAAUCUAAAUUAAACAGAACUUGCAAUAAAGGAAGGAUAAAAAUUAGAUAGCUCUUUACAGGAAGUGUUUAUGGAGGCUGUGCAAGUCACAUACAGGGAGGUGUGGCAAGGGUUCAUAAACAAACUGAUUUAACUCCUAAGUGGCAGAUAAUUGAGCACUGAGACUUCAAGGGCAUGAUCUAUACAUCAAAACUAUUUCAUUAAGCUAAAGUUGUUUUGGUGACUAUAGUGUCCCUUUAACUUAAGGGGGAACAGAUAAUGUGUGAUUGUUGAUUUUACUCCUAAAGUUAAUUUACUAUUUCUACACAAAAUGAGUACUUACUUAAGAUGUUGUGUUAUCUCUUCAUAGUUUCAGGUUCUAAAGAGACCACCACGACAACCACUACGAAAGUCCAAGUUGCUUCGAAAGAAGAGUCGUCUGCUGUUGAAAAGAAGUGACUUAACAUUUGCAUCGAAACGAAAAUCCAACAAACCCCAUUAACUAGGAGUGUAACCAGUCAAUUAGACCAUGAUAGCCAUUUAUAUUGUUUUGUUAAUGCUUUAUCUGCUACAAUUAUGGAUUCUGUAUUCAACACACACAUCUCUACAGUCAACGGAAACCAAAAAUAUUUGAGGAAAUAAGGGAUCUUUCAAUGACAACACAGAAUCAUUGUUCUAUCUAAAUAUCAUAGAUGUGUGCACUUGAUGUAUUAAAAGUCAGGGAAUAUUCGUGUAUUAACUAGUUCAGAACGGACAUCAUGAAUGCUCUGCAUCAUAAAAUGUUUGCAGCUUCCCAAGUAAAAACCUGGAUGUAAAGAAAAACAAGUUCGUUUUAGAAAAAUAUUUAAUGGAUACAAUCCAAAAUUUUAGAUAUUUAAACCUCUGCUCUUUGCAAAGCUGUGACCCAACAAGAAAUUUCAGCUGUUAUGAAAAAUACAUUUUUCAAAUAUAAACACUUCUAGCUACCCCUUCGUAUCACUGUGAUUUCAAAUUUUGUGCUUGUCUUAUGCCAUGUUCUACAAACAAACAAGAAGAGUUUCCAAUACAAUUUUUGCUGCCAUUGAGAUAUCUGUAUAAAUGUUCUCCACGCAGGAACCAGCAGUACAUUAAUAAAUGAUACACAGCAACCAAAGUUUUGAAUUCUGAUUAUUGGAACAAGACAUUUUAUUAAAAUGCUCAAGGCAAAAAAAAUGUGUUCUGGGGCACAGUGCUAAAUAGGGACCAAUGGAAACCAGUAG